AUGAUUUUAUAUUUGUAUAAAAGCUUUUUUUUUUUUUUUUUUUUUUUUUGUGUGUGUAAUAUAAAUAUAACAAAAAGUUUGUCCCAUAAUAGAUAUAAUAAAAAAAUACAACCACUCAUACAAAAUGGAAAAAGAACAAAUAACAUAUAUGAAAUAUUCGGUAAAAGAAAUAAAUUCACAAUACAAAAUAAAUUAUUAUUUAUAAAAAAUGAAAAAAUUAAAAACAAAUUUCAUAAAUUUUUAAAUAAUAAAAAUUAUGUCAUUACAAAAUUAUUUAAUAUAUUUUUUUCAAAAAAUUAUAAUUAUCAAUUUAUUGAAAAUGAAAAUAAUGAAUUAGAAGACACACCAUUGACCUGGUUAAUAAUUCCUAGUAAUAAAUUAAAUACAUUUUUAGACAGUUAUAUAUUUAAUAUAAUUCAAUCAGAAAAACCAUAUUCUAUUACAAAUAAUAUUGAGAAUAAAAAAAAAAAUGUUCAUAAAUAUUCUGAACAAAAUGAACAUAUUAACAACAAGCCAAGAACAAAUGGGUUGUCUCCUGAAAUGCACACAAAAAUAGAAAGAUAUAUUACCAAUCAAUUAAUAAAAUUAGCAAGUGAAAUUUUAAACAUAGAAAAUAAAAUAAAAAAAAGAAAAAAAGAAAAAAUUGAAAAUAAAAAUAAUAGUAACAAUGUUAAAGAAUAUAUUAAAUGGAAUUUUUAUUUAAGCAAAAAAGAUAAACCACUAAAAUGUUUUGUUUAUGUUGAUGUUCCUGAUGGUACAGUAAUGGUUAAACCACGAGAAAUGGAAGAAAAUUAUUUCUUAAUUUCUAUAAAUGCAUUGAAUGAUAUAAAAAGAAAUAAUCAAGAUAUAUUAAAAAAUAUUUUUUUUAAAAAAUUUAAUAUAACUUUUGAUCAUAUUUAUAAUAAUUGUAGCUUUUUAACACUUAUUGUAAAUAAAAUUAUUAACAAGCAAUAUAUUAUUGAUACAAUUACAUUAACAUCAUUAUUAUCAUCAUUUUAUUUAACAAGAAAUUUUUUUUAUCAAGCUUUUUUACAAUUAUUAAGUAGUGAAAUAAUAUGGAAUCCCUAUAUAUAUAAUAUAUGGUGUAAUCUAUAUCAUACUACGUUACCACUUAAAUUGUUUAUGAUUAAACAAACAUAUUCUUAUUCCAACAUAUUAUUUAAUUAUAUAACCCAAUAUGUUCGAUCAAAAUUAAUUAAAUUAGAAACAAAAUUAAUUAAUAAUUCUUUAAAAAAAAAAAUAUUAAUUGAUACAAUCAAAGAUAAUAUUUACGACAAAAACUUAUAUACUAUAGCAACAGAUAGUUGUGAUAAAUAUGAAGAUGAAUUUUAUUACAUUUAA